GAGCUGAGGGCCGCUACUGUCGUUCCGCCGUUUAGCCAAUCCGUUACGCCUCUUGACCUGACGUCACAUCGCCUAGUUAAUAUUCAUGAGACAGCCCUGACCAUAGUAGGCUAGUGUUCCCGGAAGUGUGUGGGUUUAGCGCAGCUCCGCGGAUGACACACGCAGAGGAGGAGGUGACCGGGAUUAGAGCAGAGCCUCAUCAUUAAACGAACAUAGCAGGAAAAAUGGGAAACACGGACUCGAAGCUGAAUUUCAGGAAGGCGGUGAUACAGCUGACCACGAAAACACAGCCUGUGGAAGCCACAGAUGAUGCUUUCUGGGAUCAGUUCUGGGCUGAUACUGCUACCACCGUGCAGGAUGUGUUUGCCCUGCUGCCUGCUGCUGAGAUCCGUGCCGUCCGGGAGGAAUCCCCCUCCAAUCUGGCAACACUGUGUUACAAGGCGGUGGAGAAGUUGGUUCAGGGAGCCGAGUCUGGCUGCCCCACAGAGAAGGAGAAGCAGAUCGUGCUGAACUGCACUCGUAUGCUCUCUCGGACCCUGCCCUACAUCUUUGAGGACCAGGACUGGAGAGGCUUCUUCUGGUCCACCGUUCCUGGCGCUGGCAGAGCGGGGAUGGAUGAUAUGGAGGAUGAAGAUGAAGGCGCUCGUCCGCUGGCAGAGUCUCUCUUAAUAUAUAUAUAUGACUUUCUCCUCUCCCAAAACAUAACCAUUCAUUCUCAUGUACAGGACUCGGUUGAGGACAUGCAGUCACUGGACAGCUGUGAAUACAUCUGGGAGGCUGGAGUGGGUUUCGCUCAGUCGCCUCCACUCAACUACAUCCACGAUAUCAACCGGACGGAGCUGUUGCGGUUACUGCUCACCUGUUUCUCAGAGGCCAUGUACCUGCCGCCAACAUCUGAUAACUGUAUCCUCAACCCCUGGGUCACCUUCUUCUGUUCCACUGAAAACAGACACGCUCUGCCUCUCUUCACCUCCCUGCUGAACGUGGUGUGCGCAUACGACCCGGUGGGCUACGGGAUCCCCUACAACCACCUGCUCUUCUCUGACUACCGUGAGCAGCUGGUGGAGCAGGCAGUGCAAAUCCUCAUAGUGACUCUGGAGCACGAGGGCGGACAGCCGUACCGCCCACCCUCCCCCUCCAGCAUGGAAGACCAGGAUUCUGUUGGUCCAAAUAACCUGUUUGUGAAUUACCUGUCCAGAAUUCACAGGGAAGAGGAUUACGACUUUGUGCUGAAAGGUUUGGCGCGCCUGCUGACCAACCCACUCACUCAAACAUACCUGCCCAACUCGACCAAAAAGAUCCAGUUUCACCAGGAACUGCUGGUCCUCUUCUGGAAACUCUGCGACUUCAACAAAAAAUUCCUGUUCUUUGUGCUGAAGAGCAGCGAUGUGUUGGACAUAUUGGAUGCCCGAGCCGACCAAUCACGGGUCGGUCUAAUGCACAUCGGCGUCUUCAUUCUGCUGCUGCUGAGUGGAGAGAGGAACUUCGGUGUGCGUUUGAACAAGCCGUACUCGCUUCAUGUCACUAUGGACAUCCCUGUGUUCACGGGCACACACGCCGACCUGCUCAUCGUGGUUUUCCACAAGAUAAUAACAAGUGGCCAUCAGCGUUUACAGCCUCUCUAUGACUGCCUGCUCACUAUUGUGGUGAAUGUGUCUCCUUACCUGAAGAGUCUUUCCAUGGUUGCGGCCAACAAGCUCCUUCAUCUCCUGGAGGCGUUCUCCACUAACUGGUUCCUGUUUUCUGCACCUCAGAACCACCAUCUGGUCUUCUUCUUGCUGGAGGCCUUCAAUAAUAUCAUUCAGUACCAGUUUGAUGGUAACUGUAAUUUGGUGUACGCCAUCAUUAGGAAGCGCAACGUCUUCCACCAGCUGGCCAACCUGCCCUCCGACCCCACCACCAUUCAGAAGGCCUUGCAGAGGAAGAGGAAAUCUCCAGACGCUAUUUCUCGCACCAGCUCGCAGGAGACAGUGUCCAUGGAGGGCUCACGGCCGGCUGUGCCUGCUGAGCCCGGCACUCUGAAGGCUAGUCUGGUGGCCAUGCCAGGCAUCGAUAAACUGACCGAGAAGUCCCAGGUUUCAGAAGACGGUACUAUGGUAACUGUGCCACCGACAGAGUCCCCACAAACCCCUGAACACAGCGCUACGGCUGGAACCAGCGACACAGAAUCCAUCUCAGGAAGAGACAGUGAGGAUGUCUUCUACACUGAGGCAGAGAUGUCAAGGAGACGUCUGUCCAGCUCAUCAUCGUCUGCCAUCAGCCACUGGAACCCUAAGCCAGACUGGGUCCUGUCCUGGAAGAGCAAACUCCCUCUACAGACCAUCAUGCGCUUGUUGCAAGUACUAGUGCCACAGGUGGAAAAAAUCUGCAUUGACAAGGGUCUAACGGAUGAAUCCGAGAUCCUGAAGUUUCUUCAGCACGGCACUCUAGUGGGUCUGCUGCCUGUGCCCCAUCCCAUUCUCAUCAGGAAAUACCAGGCCAAUGCAGGAACUGGCAUGUGGUUUCGCACAUACAUGUGGGGAGUCAUUUACCUGCGUAAUGUGGAUCCGCCCAUCUGGUACGACACCGACGUGCGUCUCUUUGAGAUCCAGAAGAUGUAAGAAUGAGCUGUAACCUGCUUCAAGACUUCAUCUUGCCUUGUCAUUUUGCUUUAUCCCGUUCAUAGACUGUGAGACUCCACGAGUUUGCUCUGGCUGGUGUACAGAUGAUAAAGUGUCUAAAUAUAAACCAUGCACUCUUGAUAGUAAAAGCAUACUGUGGUCAGCAGCUUAGGCAGCCCAGACAUGUGAAACUCUCUCACUGUGGUUUUUAUAGGAACAAGGUGCUUGUUAUAAGAAGGAAUGCUAUUUAUAGUAUCGAAAACCUUGUGAAAAAAUUAUAGGAAGUGGUUAGAUUAGAAGCAUUGACAAAGACCUCUAGAUUGUAUUAUCACCACAAGAGGGCGAUCUUGCUAAAUCCUCUUUUUGUUAUCUGUAAGAAUGUGUGUUUACAUGCAUACUCCCAAAUUUCACUUUAGUCAGGUAUGAAGAAUAACUGGAAGGAAAAUGAACUGGAAAUCAAAAGCUGGUUUAGAUUAAUUCCACCAGUAUUCAUAUACAUGUUGUUAUCAAAGUAUUAUCUAUCGCAGUUGUUUGAUGGCAUAGCCUACCAAUAUCUCUAUUUUUGUCUGCAUAUCAGUUUUGCUAAUGAGAUACUGUAAAUACUGCUUGAUAUUUAAAGUAGAAAAGCUGUCUACGUAUAUGAAAACUAUGAAAUUAUCUGAUGUUGUCAAAAUGAUUAGCUUAUGGUUGCUGAAGCAUAUUAUUUAAAGUGCAGAUGACUGUAAACAGAAUGUUUUUCUUCAUUUGUGGCAGUAUUUAUAAGAGAGCUUGUGGAACAGAUCAAGCGUUUGUAUAUGUAUUUUAAUGUUUGUGCAUUUGUGCAAAAAUUGCCCAAAUAUAUUUAGAGGAUGUAGAGUCCAAAAACA